UAUGAUGAUCUCCUGUUCAUUCUCCUCCUGCAGAUCCGCUGCCGGCUGGGACGGCAAGGCCAGUUGCAAGGGGUCGCUCAAAACCCCGACCUGCUGCUUGUCUGCCGCCGCCACAGCCGCCGUGGCGGAAUGCUCAUUCAUUGCCGGAUCUAAACUCCUUCUGAUUUCAACCUUCAGCCGGCAAUGGCUUCUUUCGCGGAAGUUGAUUACCGCGUGCACCAGAUCGUGGUCCCGGCACUCGAGAAGAUCAUCAAGAACGCAUCAUGGCGCAAGGGGCACUCCAAGCUUGCACUGCAGUGCAAAUCCCUCAUCGACAGCCUGUCCGGGCCUCCAUCUUCCGCUUCUUCCUAUCCUCCAGACUCCCCCGACUCCUCAUGUUCUGCUCCCGGCCCCCUUUCGAAUCUCUCCUUUUUAGAGUCUGAGGCCAUCCUCGCCCCCUUGAUCGCUGCUUGUUCCUCCUCCUUCCUCAAAAUCGCCGAGCCCGCCCUAGACUGCGUUCAGCGACUCAUCUCCCAUGCCCUCCUCCAUGGAGAGGCCGACUCCUCCGCUGGACCUUCCGCCCGCCUCCUCGCCCAGCUUAUCGACGCCUCCUGCAGCUGUCACUCCUUGGCCGACGACUCCAUGGAGCUCCUCGUCCUCAAGACCCUGCUCACUGCUGUUACCUCCACAUCCCUUCGAAUCGGCGGAGAUUCCCUUCUCCUUAUCGUCCGCACCAUACACGAUCUCUACCUUGCGUCUAAAAACCCCGUUAACCAGACUACUGCCAAGGCCUCUCUCAUCCAGAUGCUUGUCAUCGUGUUCCGCCGGAUGGAGGCUGACUCUUCUACAGUCCCCGUCCAACCCAUUGUAGUGGCCGAUCUUAUCGACCUCACCGCCGACCAGCCCUCAGUCGACGGUAACGUCACUCAAUUCGUACAGGCCUUUAUUACCAGGAUCAUUGGUGACAUCGACGGCGUCCUCAACUCGAGAUCUACAACGCCCUCCAACGGCUUCCAUGAUCGAACUUUUGAGCCCACGACGGUGGAGAGCACGAAUCCGACAGAUUUACUUGAUUCUACCGACAAAGAUAUGCUGGACGCCAAGCAUUGGGAGAUCAGCAUGUACAAGAGUGCUCUUGAGGGUAGAAAAGUUGAGUUGGGUGGGGAAGGGGCGGUGCUGGCCAUGGAGAGAGAGGAUGACGAUGAGGUGCAAAUUGGAAGUAGGCUGAGGAGAGAUGCUUUUCUGGUUUUCCGGGCUCUAUGUAAGCUCUCAAUGAAGACACCGCCUAAGGAAGCACUUGCUGAUCCCUCGCAGAUGAAGGGAAAGAUUUUAGCUCUGGAGGUACUCAAAAUUUUGCUGGAGAAUGCCGGGGAUAUUUUUAGAACUACUGAGAGGUUCUUAGGGGCAAUAAAGCAGUAUCUAUGCUUGUCUUUAUUAAAGAAUAGUGCUUCGCCUCUUAUUAUCAUUUUUCAGUUAUCCUGUUCGAUUUUCAUGAGCCUUUUAUCAAGAUUCAGACCACGUCUAAAGGCAGAGAUCGGAGUCUUCUUUCCGAUGAUUAUCCUGAGAGUUUUAGAAAAUGUUUCUCAACCAAAUAUUCAACAGAAAAUGAUCGUGCUUCGAUUUUUGGAAAAGCUCUGUAUUGAUUCUCACAUUUUUGUUGAAAUUUUUGCUAACUAUGAUUGUGAUGUUCACUCGCCCAACAUUUUUGAGAGAAUGGUCAACGGCUUGCUUAAAACAGCUCAAGGUCAUUCUGGUGCUGCAACGACCUUUGUACCACCUCAGGAUGCCAUGAUGAAACUUGAAGCUAUGAGGUGUUUGGUAGCCAUUUUGAGAUCAAUGGGAGAAUGGAUGAACAAACAGAUGAGAAUACCCGAUCCCCAUGCUUCUAGUUGUAUUGAAUCAAUUUCUGGAAAUGUUAUUAUAAGUAUGGGUGGUCUUCCAUUGGAAAAUGGCAAUAUUGAGGACCCUGCAGAACGGGUGGAUUCUGAAACAAUAAAUGGAGUUUCUGAAGCUGCAGUAUUAGAACAAUGCCAGGAUUAUGAGUUGGGACUUCAGGAAGGCAUAUCUCUGUUUAAUAGGAAGCCCAAAGAAGGCAUUCAGUUUCUUAUCAAUGCUAAGAAGGUUGGUGACUCCGCUGAGGAAAUAGCUUCUUUCCUUAAAAGUACAUCUGGGUUGAGCAAGAUCCUGAUUGGUGAUUUUCUGGGUGAAAGAGAAGAAUUUUCCCUAAAAGUAAUGCAUGCCUAUGUGGAUACCUUUGAUUUUCAUGGCAUGGAGAUUGAUGAGGCUAUAAGGGCUUUUCUUCAUGGCUUUAGGUUACCAGGGGAGGCACAAAAGAUUGAUCGUAUCAUGGAGAAGUUUGCUGAGCAUUAUUGCAAAUGCAAUCCAAACACUUUUACUAGUGCCGGCACUGCUUAUGUUCUUGCAUAUUCUAUUUUAUUGCUAAAUAUUGAUGCUCAUAAUCCAAUGGUUAAACAUAAGAUGUCUGCAGAUAAUUUUAUUAGGAAUAGUCGUGGCAUUGAUGGUGGUAAGGAUCUUCCUGAAGAAUAUUUAAAAUCUUUGUAUGAAAGAAUUUCAAGGAAUGAAAUAAAGAUGAAAGAGGAUGAUUUUGCUCCUCAGCCACAACAGUCUGCAUGCCAUACUACAAUAUUUGCCUUGGAUAACAUUCUGAAUAUUUCCAUUGACAAAUAUGGAGAUAAAACAACAGAAACCAGUGAGGACGUCAUCAGGCACAUGCAAGAACACACUACAAAAAAUGCUCGCAAAUCAGACUCAGUUUCCUGUUCUGCCAAGGAUGUAGUUAUUUUGAGAUCCAUGAUGGAGGUUUGCUGGGCUCCUAUGUUGGCUGCUUUUAGUGUUGCUCUUGACCAGAGUGAUGAUCUAGCUGUACUAUCUGCCUGUCUUGAAGGAUUUAGGUAUGCUAUACAUGUUACGGCCGCAUUGUUAAUGAAGACACAAAGAGAUGCUUUUGUUACAUCACUGGCAAAGUUCACUUCCCUCCAUUCUGCUGCAGAUAUAAGGCAGAAAAAUAUUGACGCCAUAAAGGCAAUCAUUUUAAUUGCAGAUGAAGAUGGAAAUUACUUGCAAGAUGCUUGGGAACAUGUCUUGACUUGUGUUUCACGUUUUGAACAUUUGAAUCUCUUAGGAGAGGGUGCUCCUCCGGAUGCUGCAUUUUUUGCAAUUCAACAGGGUGAGUUAGAUAAAUCUAAGAAAAUGAAUCCAUCAAUCCUUCCUGUGCUGAAGAAAAAAGGGCCUGGGCGGCUUCAACAAGCUGCUGCAGCUGCAAGAAGGGGAUCAUAUGAUAGUGCUGGUGUUGGUGGUCAUGCCUCUGGUAUGAUCACUUCUGAUCAAAUGAGCAACUUAGUUUCCAACCUGCACUUGUUGGAACAAGUUGGAAUCUCUGAGAUAAACCGCAUCUUUGCACAAAGUCAAAAGUUGAACAGCGAGGCAAUAAUCUAUUUUGUUAAAGCUCUUUGCAAGGUAACUUUGGAAGAGUUGCGCUCUACGUCUGACCCACGCGUGUUUAGCCUGACAAAAGUAGUUGAAAUUGCGCAUUACAACAUGAGCCGAAUCAGACUUGUAUGGUCACACAUUUGGAAUGUGCUGUCUGACUUUUUUGUCACCGUUGGUUGCUCAGAUAAUCUCUCAGUUUCAAUUUUUGCAAUUGAUUCAUUGCGCCAGUUAGCAAUGAAAUUCUUGGAUCGUGAAGAAUUAGCUAACUACAAUUUUCAGAACGAGUUUAUGAAGCCCUUUAUCAUUGUUAUGCGUAAGAGCAAAGCUGUUGAGAUCAGGGAGUUAAUUAUCAGAUGCGUCUCCCAGUUGGUAUUCUCUCGUGUCAAGUGUGUUAAGUCUGGAUGGAGAAGCUUGUUUAUGGUCUUCACCAUUGCCUCUUAUGAUGAGCACAAGAACAUAGUGCUUUUGGCUUUUGAGAUUCUCGAGAGGAUUAUAAAGGAUUACUUCCCAUACAUAACUGAAACUGAGAAUGCGGCUUUCUCAGAUUGCAUUAAUUGUCUGAUUGCUUUCACUAAUAGUAGGUUCAGCAAGGAUUUUAGCAUGCAGGCAAUCUCUUUCCUUAUCUUCUGUGCGACUAAGCUUGCUGAAGGUGAUUUUGGAAACAAGAUGGUGGCUUCAGCAAAUAAUGCUCCGUCAUCUACUUGGAUAUAUAAAGGGAAAAAAACAAAUGCUACACGGUUAGCUGAUAAGGAUGAUCAUUUGCUUCUUUGGUUCCCCUUGUUGGCUGGAUUAUCUGAACUCACCUUUGAUAUGAGGGCUGAAAUCAGGAAAAGUGCACUUCAAGCGCUAUUUGAUACAUUAGAAAAUUAUGGCCAUAUUUUCUCACUGCCUCUAUGGGACAAAGUUUUUGAUUUUGUUCUUUUCCCACUAUUUGAUUACGUCAAACAUGCUAUAGAACCUUCUGGUGAAAAUAUGCAACCGGAAGAUUUUGAAAAUGACUCUAGUGAGCCAGAUCAAGAUGUCUGGCUUUAUGAAACAUGCAAAUUGGCCCUCGAGCUAGUUGUGGAUCUCUUUGUCAGAUUUUAUGAUAUGGUUAAUCCUCUCCUAGGGAAAAUGUUAAUGUUGCUGACAAGCUUUAUAAAGCGGCCCCAUCAGAGCCUUGCUGGUAUUGGCAUUGCGGCCUUUACUCGUUUAAUCAGUAAAGCAGGGUCCCUGCUUACUGAGGAAAAGUGGGGUGAGGCUGUUCUGUCACUGAAGGAAGCUGCAGUAGCCACAAUUCCAGAUUUCUCCCUUAUUUCAUCCGAUACUUAUCUUGCUGAUGUCAUUAAAGAGACGACACAAAUUUCCUUUGGGUCAAGCACUGAAGGAUCAGCAAGAUACACCAAUGAAGAACUUGAAGGAAAAAAAGCAAGAACCCUAUAUUUUGCUCUUACUGAUGUUAGAUGUCGUGUUGCUGUUCAGCUUCUAUUGAUUCAGGCUGUGGCAGAGAUUGUAAACAUGUUUAGAGAUAUUCUCUCAGCAAAAAACACCAUUGUACUCUUCGAAGCCCUUCAUAGCAUCGCAUUGCAUGCUCAUAAGAUCAACAGUGAUAAUGAGCUAAGAUCAAGGCUAAUAGAUUUGGGUCCCAUGACCCAGAUGCAGGACCCUCCAUUACUCCGUCUCGAGAAUGAAUCCUAUUACCUAUGCCUAACCCUGUUACAAAAUGUUGUACGUAACCCAACCGGCUUUGGGGAAACCGAAGCGAUUAGUCUUCUAGUUAACCUGUGCUCUCAGAUCCUUCAAGUAUAUGUUGAUGUCCCAAAAAUUUGGCACCCAGCUUCUGCAGCAGCCAAGCAGGUUAGACCCUUGUGGCAAAUCCCAACAGGUUCCUCAAAAAGAAGAGAGCUUGCAGCACGAGCUUCAGUUGUUGUUGCAACUCUGCAUGUGAUCUGUGAAAUGGAAGCAAAUUCUUUCAAGAAGAAAUUGGCCGAGUUCUUCCCUCUUCUCUCAUGCUUGAUAAGCUGCGAGCAUGGUUCCAAUGAGGUACAGGAAGUACUCUGUGAGAUGCUUGAUUCAAAAGUCGGGCCACUUCUGCUUCAGGCUUGCUCGAAUCUCCAGUAGUUACUUCAGUGGAACAUCCUCUUAUUCUGCUGUAAAUUUUGCCUCACAUUUAUGUUAAUUUUAUUUAUACAAGUUUUUUACAUAAUCAUUUUCAAAUUUUACAAUUUACAAUCAUGCUAAGGGAGCCUUUAGGCAAUUGGCAAUUUUUUUUUGUACCUUGAGAAGUUUGGGGGGUAGUGUGCUUUUGAAUAGGUAGCGUGUUUACCGGCUUGUUUUGAUAAGUAUGUAACCAAAAAAAUGCUGGAGGUGCAGUUACACAUUUUAUUUAUUUUAUAGAUUUUGUUGUCCUUUGUUUUUUUUUUAUUUUUUGGGAGAACGGUAGUGUACUUCUUUGUCCAUUAUUAAAUUUGUGUUAUCUAUUUGUUUUUGUU